AUGGCGUCGAUGAGGCGUCUCGCCAGAACAAUCCGCACGUGCCGUGCAAUCGCCACCGCCAAAAUCCUGUAUCCUCCUCCUUCCCUCCCUUCAUCUCCUCGCCUCCAACUCGCUUCAUUCAAUCGAACUUUUGAACAACACAAACAGACUUAUGGAUCAGAAGGUCCUCCACCAAGAUCUGUGUCCACACUUCCUAUGCAUGCAAUGUUAGCUGGAUUACUUGGAUUUGGAUUGAUAGACGUAGCCUAUGCAGAUGAUAACGAGGCCACUGCUAAAAUUCCAGCUCCAGAAUGUCCACCAACUUCGAGCCAUAAUAGCAUGGAGGAAAUCGCCAGGAAAGAAAAAGCUCGACUGGAAGAGUUGCUCAAGAGCAAAGGAAUCCGAUAUGGUUCUUAUCCUCGUUUUACUGUAGCUGUUAAAGGACAGAAGGUGACAAUCAAGUUUCAGGUUCCUUCAGCCUGUGAAAUUCCGCUGCUAAUAACAAACCUUGUUUCACGUCUUGGUGUCAAAGUUGAAGACAAUGGUACUGGAUCAGAUAUGAUAUUGCGGGCUUGGGACAGUGGGGUUGCUUGGCAGUUAACACUUAGUUGUCCCAAAAAUCAAAAAGAAACUGAUAAUGAUCAGAUACAAGGGAAGAAUAUAAAUGCAAAUGAUGGAGAGCUAUGCAUUCUAAUGUUUCGUCCACUUGUCGGCUCUGAUAAAGCCGAAAUUGAGUUCAUGAAGCAGAGUAGUUUUAGUCCUGAUGAGCUUGAUGCUUUGGCAUCUGUCUUGCAAUUAGCUGGACAACAGAAAAGCUUGGAAGUCAAGGCAAGGGGAGAUGCCUCACGUGUUCCAUCAAUCGAUAAAACAGUUUCAAGUCUUGAGGGAAUGGGAGUCAAAGUUUAUGGACUUGCCGAAUCUAAUGCAGAUCAACCAAAAGCUGAUAUAUCUUGGGACAAUAUUGCUGGGUAUAAUCAUCAAAAGCGAGAGAUAGAAGAUACAAUAUUGCUGGCGCUACAGAGUCCUGAAGUGUAUGAUGAUAUUGCUCGUGGCACUAGGUGUAAGUUUGAGACAAACAGACCACGUGCAGUGCUUUUUGAAGGUCCACCAGGCACCGGGAAAACAUCUUGUGCUCGUGUAAUUGCUAAUCAAUCGGGUGUCCCAAUGUUAUAUCUGCCAUUGGAGGUUAUCAUGUCAAAGUAUUAUGGUGAAAGUGAGCGAUUGUUGGGGAAAGUGUUUUCACUUGCUAAUGAGAUACCUAAUGGUGCCAUCAUUUUUCUAGAUGAGGUUGAUUCUCUUGCUACUGCUCGUGAUACUGAAACACAUGAAGCAACGAGAAGAAUUUUAUCUGUGUUGUUACGGCAGAUUGAUGGAUUUGAGCAGGAGCAGAAAGUAGUGGUUGUUGCUGCAACCAAUAGAAAACAAGACCUUGAUCCUGCUUUACUUAGUCGGUUUGAUUCCAUGAUCACUUUCGGCCUACCUGAUCAGCAGACUCGUCUGGAAAUUGCGGCGCAGUAUGCAAAGCACUUGACAAAGUCUGAGUUGGCUGAAUUUGCCUCAGCUGCUGAAGAGAUGUCUGGUCGGGAUAUAAGGGAUGUGUGCCAGCAAGCAGAGAGGCAUUGGGCAUCAAAGAUUAUUCGAGGGCAAGCACAGAAAAAAGAUGAAGAAAACGGGUCUCUUCCGCCUCUCCAAGAAUACAUUGAAAGUGUUCUGAAACGUCGAAGUGCUUUGUUUGGUGUGGCAAGUCAGAACCGAAACCCGAAUCCUCUUUCAAAGAAACCUCAGUUUGAUUUUCUGUGA